GCCCGAGCGCAGCUUCGUCGGCGGGAGGGGAGCGCCGGGAAAGUUGAAGUUAUGACGGGCGAGGUGGUUUCUGAGGUACACCUAGAAAUCAACGAUCCAAAACUUACUUCACAAGAAGCAAAUAGUCUUUCUGACAGUGGACAGGAGAGCUGUGAAACAGUUGGACUCUUGAGUGAAAGAGAUUCAGAUGAAGAGAUAUGUGUGGGUAAGAAAUCAAAAAGCAGGAAAGUGCUACAAGAGAGUGAUUCUGAAGAAGAGGACAUAAAGGCCUUUUCAAAGAGAACUACUUAUGACAGUGUUGAGGAGGAAAAUAAAGAGAAUUUAUAUGCUGGAAAAAAUGGAAACAUCAGAAGGAUUUACAAAACUCUGGGGAACAGUGAUGAAAGUGACCUAGAGGAGUCUUUGGAUAAGGAAAAUCUUGAGAUUCAAGUGACACCUUGCCUAGAGCUGGGUCUCCAAUCUGAAAACAUGGUGGACUUUACAGUUGACAGAAAGAGUGUAAGAAAACCCAUACCUUAUAAAGAAGGAACUGGAGGAAAAACAAAAGUAAAAUCAAAAAGAAGACUUGAGAAAGAGGAGAAAAAGAUGGAAAAAAUUAGGCGGCUUAAAAAGAAGGAAACAAAAACUGAGGAAGAUGAAGUGGAAAAGUCAUUUAAUGACAGUGGCUGUCUUCUUGUGGAUAAUGAUCUUUUUGAAACUGGGUUGGAAGAGGAAAAUGACUCUCCACUGGAUGACGAAGAGUCUUUAGAAUCAAUAAGGGCAUCUGUGAAAAACAAAGUGAAAAAGCACAAGGAAAAGAAACUGUCUUUGGAAAAUGGCAUCAGUUCCUUUGAGGAAGAAAAUGAAUUAUCAAAAGGCAUCAUUAGGAAGGAAAGGAAGGCAGCCAAAUUAAGUAAGGAAGCAUUAAAAAAACUGCACAGUGAAACUCAGCGCCUUAUUCGAGAGUCUGCACUUAAUCUUCCAUAUCAUAUGCCGGAGAAUAAAACCAUUCAUGAUUUUUUCAAACGUAAACCCCGACCCACUUGUCCUGGAAGUGCCAUGACAUUAUUGAAGUCAUCUAAAUAUCAAAAAGUCAUAGACUCAGCAAACUCAUCGGGAGUGAGUUGUGAUCAUCAUAGCAAAGACUCUGAGCAGACAACAAGUGCAGGAUGUGAAAUGGAGAUUAAUACAGCCCCUUCAGUUUCAAAGGAAAGCCAGCUCAUUACUGAAUCAGCUGAGUCCUGCAGUAAGGAUUUGAUGGGAAGUGAGGAGCUAGUCAUUCAGGAGAAACAGAAGCAGAGUGAUGCUGCACUUCUAUCUGGGGACUGCUCAGCAGGGCAACAGGAACUCACUUUCGUUAGAAACCAGGACAGUGAGGUGUAUCAGGCUGGAGGGCUUUCAGCACCUGAACCUCAUGCCCCUGAAGGAGAAGAAAUACUGAAAAAAACAGAAGAGGUGGAUAACCCUAGGCAGCAGAUUAAAUCAGCUGCAGGAGUGCCACCUGAAAAAAUGAGACGGUUUACACUGGAUAGACUCAAGCAAUUGGGAGUAGACGUUUCCAUUAAACCUCGGCUGGGUGCCAGCGAAGAUUCUUUUGUGAUACUUGAAGAACCUGAAACCAACAGAGAAUUGGAAGCCUUAAAGCAGCGUUUCUGGAAGCAUGCUAAUCCUGCAGCCAAACCCAGGACUCGUCAGAAACUGAAUGUGAACAUCAUAGUGAAAGAUACAGGCACUAAUGGAAAGGAAGAGCUAAAGACCGAUGUGGUACCUGUAACUUUGGCAGCUGAAAAACUGGAUGAAACAGGCCACACAAAACCAGGUGAAAAACUUCAGGUGCUAAAAGCCAAACUACAAAAAGCAAUGAAACUCCGAAGGUUUGAGGAGCGCCAAAAGCGUGAAGCAUUAUUUAAAUUAGAUAAUGAAGAGGUGUUUGAGGAAGAGGAGGAGGAAGAAGAAGAAGAAAUAACGGAUGAGUCUGAACAAGAUGGAGAAGAGGAGGAAGAGGAAGAAUUAGAGGAAGAAGAGGCCAAAGCAGAGGAAGAGGAGGAUGAAGGCAAUCAAGAGAUCACAGAAUUCUUCAGUGGUGAAGAAAUAGAAACCAAAGAUGAAAAAGAAUUGGACAAAGAAAAUAAUGAUGGCAGCAGUGAAAUUGGCAAGUCAGUUGAUCUUCUUUCUAUUCCCAAACCAAUCUCAUCAGAUUCUACCUUACUUUUGUUUAAGGACAACUCUUCCAGGAUGGGUUACUUUCCUAGCGAGGAAAAAUCAGAAACAGAUGAAAACUCAGGCAAAAGACCUUGCAAAUUGGAUGAAGAUGAUUCAUGCUCUUUGCUAACAAAGGAGAGCAGCCAUAAUAGCAGCUUUGAACUGAUUGGCUCCACAAUUCCAUCCUAUCAGCCUUACAAUAGACAAACUGGCCGUGGGACUAGUAUUUUCCCUACUGCAGGAGGAUUCAGAUCUCCUUCCCCUGGGCUAUUUCGAGCCAGUUUGGUCAGCUCAGCUUCUAAGAGUUCAGGAAAGCUGUCUGAGCCUUCACUUCCCAUAGAGGAUUCCCAGGAUCUGUAUAACGCCUCCCCAGAACCUAAGACACUUUUCCAAGGAGCAGAAGACUUCCAGUUCUGUUUAGAAGAUGACACUCAGAGCCAACUGUUGGAUGCAGAUGGGUUUUUAAAUGUUAGAAAUCAUAGGAAUCAAUACCAGACUCUGAAACCUCGCUUGCCAUUGGCCAGUAUGGAUGAGAAUGCCAUGGAUGCUAACAUGGAUGAGCUAUUGGACUUGUGUACUGGAAAGUUCACAUCUCAGACUGAAAAGCCUCUGACUGAGAAGAGUGAUAAAAAAGAGAACAUGGAGGAACUUCUGAAUCUUUGUUCAGGAAAAUUUACUUCUCAGGAUGCCUCUACUUUGGCUCCAUCAGAAUCAAAUAAUCUGGAGAAGGAGGGUAGCAUGGGUGAUCCAAUGGAAGAAGCACUUGCUCUUUGUUCAGGCUCAUUUCCAACAGAUAGGGAAGAAGGUGAAGAAGAGGAGUUUGGAGACUUUCAGCUUGUCCCAAAUGAUAAUGAGUUUGAUAGCAAUGAGGAUGAACAAAGUGACUCUGAUAAUGAAGAUGAGGCACUAGAAGACCAUGAAGAUGAUGAUGAUGAAGAAGAUCUCCUGCAGCAGUCUGAGAAGUUGAAAAGGCAAAUGAGAUUGAAAAAAUACCUGGAAGAUGAGGCGGAGGUGUCAGGGAGUGACGUGGGAAGUGAAGAUGAAUAUGAUGGGGAAGAGAUUAACGAAUAUGAAGAGGACGUAAUUGAUGAAGUGCUUCCUUCUGAUGAGGAGCUACAGGAUCAAAUCAAGAAAAUACACAUGAAAACGAUGUUGGAUGAUGAUAAGCGACAGCUACGUUUAUACCAAGAGCGUUACCUUGCUGAUGGGGAUCUGCAUAGUGAUGGUCCUGGACGCAUGAGAAAAUUCAGAUGGAAAAACAUAGAUGAUGCCUCCCAGAUGGACAUGUUCCACAGAGAUUCUGAUGAUGAUCAAGUUGAAGAACAGAUUGAUGAGACCGAAGCCAAAUGGAGAAAGGAGCGAAUUGAACGAGAGCAGUGGCUUAGGGACCAAGUACAGCAGGGGAAAAUAGCAACUGAAGAAGAAGAAGAAAUUGGGGAAGACAGUCAGUUUAUGAUGCUGGCCAAAAAAGUUACAGCCAAAGCACUGCAGAGAAAUGUUAAUCGAACUGUGGUUACUCAAGAAUCAGAAUCCUUACUCAGAAAUCCCUUUGAAGCCAUCAGACCAGGAACUACUAACCAGCUGAAGAUGGGCUCUUUGCUAAACCAGCCCAAAGCUAUGCUUCAGAAACUGGCUGCCCUUUCUGACCUCAACCCCAGUGCUCCUCGAAAUUCACGAAACUUUGUUUUCCAUACACUUUCUCCUGUCAAGGCCGAAGCAGAAAAGGAAUCAUUGAAGCCUCAGGUGAGAAAAAAAUGUUCAUCUGGAAUAACAACAACUCCUUCACCUAAACGCCUCAAAACAGAUGAUAGCACUUCAGGACUGAAGCGAAGUGUCUUCAAAUAUUUGGAAAGCUAACAUCAUUAAGAAUGCCAAUACUAAUGUGGAGACUGCUUUGAGAAGAUUCUGGCAUUGAAGGUUGGAUAAAUGUUCAUGUGGGUGAUACCACUUUUCUGUCGUAAUCAGUGUGUUACAGUUCCAAACUGAUUCAAGUUCAUUCCACUGCAUCCCUCUGGACAUCUUUUUUUUUCCCUUAAUAUUAUUUUUCUGAGUUGGUCACUAAUUUUAAUUCUGCAGUGUUUACAAUAUUAACUCAUAGAGUAUUUGGUGACAGCUCAUUUCUCCAUUUAUGUAUUUUACACUUUAUUCUAGCAUCUUCCUGGGUUGACACCAGGAAUGGUUGCAAUAUUUUGGAGUGAUUGCAGGAGUAAAAGAAUGGCAUUAUAGAAAGCAGUGAAUGUCAGUACCAGAAUGACCCCGCACGACCCAAAGAUCUGUACUGUGGUAACCAGGACUUAGAGAGAGGCUUCAUAGACAGAGGAACUAGGAACCAGCAGAUGAGCUAUUGUUUUUUAUUUUUUAUUUUUCUUUUCAUUUUUCUAUCUUUUCCCAAAGCAAAUUUCUAAUUAACUUUUUGUUUUGGAGCCACGCUUUCAGGUGCUUUAGGAAAUAGGUGGUGCUGGGAUUUGAUCUCUGGGCUAUAAUGUGCAAAGCAUGUGCCCUUUGAACUUUCUGGUCCUUCCGAUCCUUUUCUUGCUUUCUUUACAAUAAGGACGCAAACUGAAAGUUAGAAAGACCUUGGCCUUUAUUUUCUGAAAUGUAAGGAGGAAGAGAAAAGGUGACAUCAGCCCAGUGUCUGUCCACCUUAGGUAUUCCACGAGAAAGAGCUCUGUCUCAUGAUUAAAUUCUCUGCUUCAGACACGGUUGUUUAAGGAGCCUUUUCAUCCUAACAAAAAGAGAUAUCAACAUCUGUUGUAUUCAGCUGGUUGAGUGUACCCAGACUAAUCAGGAUAAUUUUAUAUAUUGGUACUUUUUUUUGAGAGAAGACUACCGUGGAUUUAUUAAAAAAAUUUGUUGAAGAGAAUUGCCACCAAUGCCAAAUCAUCUGAACUAUCCACACCCAAAUCAUCCACUAUUACAGGCUCUCAGAAUUUUAAAUACUUUUUC